AAAAUCUCGGUUGCGCUUAAAAUCGAAUUCGCGAAUUUUCCGCAGGGCAGAUAAGGAAGCCAACAUCAGUUUGAACCAGAUGCGGGAAUCGACACCGAUGCGACAGCAGUGAGCGGGGCAAUGCGCUGUUAAGAACGACCGUAAAGCUACGAAAGGGCAUCGAGAAAAAGAAAAAGAGAGAGAAAUUAUGCCGGACAAAAAUCUCGUCUGCCGGAAUGGACAACGCGAAAACAAAGAUUUUCUUGCCGGCGAAAUAUCAUCCAUCGGCAUGUCAUUACGGCCCAGCGGGAGCGCAUCCUCCGGCAUUUCGACUCUCGCGAGCUGUGGCGAGGUGGAUGCGCUGCCCGAGCUACCGGCCCAAGAUGAGGAACGUCUGCAGCGCGCUGCGCGUCUACUGCAGCAGAGAUUGGUGCUACGUCAAUGGCUGAUGGACCAUGGCCUACAUAAUUAUUAUCAAAAGUUGAUGCAAAUGGAAGUUAUGUCCCUGGAGGAUGUAUACUGGGUGGAGGACAAUGCAGCACGGACAGCUCUUGGAAAGGAUUUACCACGGUGGACUCAAGCUAGGCAGAUGUUACCCACUUCAAAGGAAGAUUUGGAAACUCUCAAAGCGGAUCUCUGGAGUGCUGUUGUAAAAAACAGCCAACACCAGGAUGCUUGGACAUGGGGCGGUAUGCUGAUAGUUUCCGUAUCGGUGGCAGGGCUGGUUACCCUAGCUGCUAUGACGCAGCCCGCUUUGGCACCUGAAGCGAAACACUCUCUUUUGCAAUAUGUCACAGGGAAAUAUUUAUUGCCGAGUAACUGCCGCGUUCAUUUCGAAUGGGAAGAACCUCAGUUGGUCGGCGAAACGAUGACUUUUACGGUCAAAUUUUAUCAGCGCAAUGGCCAGCCGUACCCAAUAUGUGACAAGGAUAAUUUGAUUGUGGAGGUAACAGAAGAUACACGCAGAGUAGCUACACUAAUAGAACUGGGAGGCACCGACCCCUUAGCUGCAAAUACUGCAGUAGUAAAGUUUACUGUCCGCCAUGCGGGACAAUAUCGAAUAGCUGUACUUAUCGGAUCGUGUCAUGUUCAUGGCAGCCCGUUUCUUAAGAAUUUUCUUCCUGGUCCACCAGAUCCAAAUAAGACAGUCUUUGUACGACAAAGUUCUACGGUCGUUUGUACAGCUGGAAUAGCCCAUUCGAUGACAAUAGAGCCACGUGAUGAAUAUGACAAUCUGUGCAUAUUUGGGCCUGGAGAUCAGCCUACAGAAGGUUAUAAUGUCAAUAUUACUCAGAUCGGUAGUACAGUAGAUAAAGGAUCGAUGAUAGACUAUAGUAUUCAACUCGACUACGAUUCUUCAAAUCAAAGAAUUCGUUUAAAAGUGAGCUUUCCAAAAGGCGGAUGUUAUCAUGCAACGGUUAGCUUGGCAGGACUGCAGCUGCAUAAUGGAGAUUUUGAUAUCAUCGUUCUCGAAAAUUCCGUCGCGAGAAUGGUGCAUAAUAACGUAGCGUCUAAGGAUCCAGAUAUCUGUUAUGUUGCGAAGUUAUUAGGCAUGCAAGGAGAAAGAUUUUCUAAACCAAAGAAAGUCUUCUGCUUUAUCUCGCCUAAGCAACUUACAAUUAAAGAAUAUUUAUUAAAAUUUAUUCCCAAAAGACUUGUAACAUUUAGACUGUGUCCUUCGACAAAGUUCCAUUUUGAAAGUUCGACCAAUCAGCACGAGGGAUAUCAUCCUUUCUCGAUAGACGAUGGAUGUCAACCUCCCGUUGAACUAAUAUCUCUGUAUCGUGAUAUAAUAGCCGCCACUUUCACUUUAUUUCUCUUGAAAAACAUUGGCGGUAGUGAAACAUUCGCAGACAAACAAGACUUUUUCUAUCACGAAGUCCGCAAGCAUCAUCAAAAGCAUUAUCACGAGAAACUCUCCAUGAAAGUGCAGCGUGAUAAGCUUUUAGAAUCGUCUAUGAAAGCUACUAAAGGAUUUUCCGUGAGUGAUUGGUGCCGAAAUUUUGAGAUCAUUUUUCAAGGCGAACAAGGCGUUGAUUGGGGUGGCGUGCGACGCGAAUGGUUCGAAUUGAUAUGCGCUGCGUUAUUUGAUCCGGGAAAUGGUUUGUUCGCAUCGUUUGGGGAGUCGCAACAGGCAUUAGUGCAUCCAAAUCCCAAACGACCAUCGCAUCUUAAAUUGAAGCACUACGAGUUUGCCGGACGUAUCGUAGGAAAGUGUCUUUACGAGUCGGCGCUCGGCGGCUCCUAUCGUCAGUUAGUACGCGCACGAUUCACCAGAUCAUUCCUUGCACAGAUUAUAGGACUUAGAGUGCAUUAUAAGUAUUUUGAACAAGAUGAUCCUGAUUUAUACUUGAGUAAGGUAAAGUAUAUUCUUGAGAAUGACGUUGAAGAAAUGGAAUUGUACUUCGUUGAAGAGGAAUAUGAUAAAGAUGGACAAUUGUUGAAGGUGGCAGAAUUAAUUCCUGGUGGUAGCAAAGUUCGAGUGACUAACGAUACGAAACUUCGUUAUCUGGAUGCACUCGCUCAGCAUAGACUUGCUAGUUCCAUCCGCAACGAAGUCGAUCAUUUUCUGCGCGGUCUUAACGAACUCAUUCCCGAUAACCUCUUAGGCAUAUUUGAUGAAAAUGAAUUAGAGUUGCUGUUAUGCGGGACUGGCGAGUACAGCGUGGCAGAUUUACGCGCGCAUCACAUAGCGAACGGAAGUUCUCCGGAAUUUCUCCGAGUACUCGACUGGUUCUGGACGGCGGUGAGCAAUUUUACGCAGGAGGAGAUGGCACGAUUGCUCCAAUUCACUACGGGUUGCUCGCAAUUACCGCCUGGUGGAUUUCAACAAUUGAGCCCUCGUUUUCAGAUUACAGCUGCACCAACGUUCGCUAAUUUGCCUACAGCACAUACUUGUUUUAACCAACUCUGCUUACCAGAUUACGAGUGCUACGAUCACUUCGAACGAGCGUUGCUGUUGGCAAUCAGUGAGGGCACCGAAGGUUUCGGCAUGAUCUAAUCGGGAAAGCUCGGAGUAAGAUUCAUCAAACUUCUAGUGACUAGAACUGUUGAUUAAAUUAAUUUAUGUAUCCAUUUUUUCCUCAAUAGUUGAACCCGUCCUUGAUGGGUAAAAAAAAAAUAAUAUUUUCGAUAAUAGAUACUAUUACAAGUCCUACAGUUUAUCCUUAGGAACUUCUUACUCAGCAAGAUCAGAAUGAGGAUAACUAUCGCACGUUUUUAUAUGUAGAUAUUUAGAACUUUUGGAAUUACCUUUUUUCUGUUUACGCCGAAGACUAUCAGGAACAAUCUAAACUUCCGACGAUGUAGACGAUGCAAUUUCUACUGAGACGCGGCAACGUUUUUAUAAAACGAAAAAUAUUCAGCAAGAGCAAUGUUACCUCAACAUCAGAAUUGCUCAAUAUUAUUGUAUCGAAAUUUAGCGUAGCCGAACUUACGAUGGAUUUUACGUGAACAUAAAGAGAAUUAAAUUAAUGCGUUUUUCAAACGACAAUGUAAUUGAACGUCGAUGUAUAAGGAUAUACGAUGCAACAAAUCAAAAUACGUAUAAACAAUGUUCCUUUUGUAGUAACUAUUAUACGUACAGAGAUUUGUAUAUUUGAUGAAGGGAUCACUGUAACAGCACUGAACGUUCCGUUAUUCAGUAUUAAUUGAAAUAUAUUCUGUCGCAUAAUGCAGGGGACAUAUGAUUUUAAAAGAACUUAUAAAAAAUGAUGAAUAAUGAGGCUAAUGUAUUAAAGCUUUGCGCUAGUUUAGUUUCUUCGUUUUCUCUCGCAAUAACAGCACGGCGAUAAUACGGUAUUUUCAACGUCGACGAUGGCGCAUGUAAUAUAAGCUGUAGUAUGUACAAAAUAUGACUGUAUUCUGAGACACUACGUAUUACAUCUAUUUCUUAUCGACGCAAAAUGCUUGCAAUAUAAUAAGCAUGAUAACCUAGUCAUAAAGAAGUAACUACGAUCGUAUUGUGCGUAUCGCAUUGGUAUACGUAUUUUAUUUAAGAUGCAGUGACAUGUACUUAUAUUAAGUAGAGAAGGAAUAGUAUGAAACAUAGUAAUCGCCAUAGCAGAUUAUUCGUUGCGAAAUAAUGAACGAAUGGCCAACGAUUGUAAACCGUACUACGCGCCUCGCAAUAGCAAGAAACUUAACAGUCUCGCCAGAUUAUUUACCAUCAAAUAAUACUGACGAUAAUUUAUUUUUAUCAGUUUAUCAUUACAUAUAAGAAAAUAAAAAGUAUAGAUUAAA